AUUCUUCCUUGUUAUUGUUGCACUCAGAAAAGACGCGUCGCAGAAUUUAUUGUAUUUUUUUGUUCAAUCUUGUCCGGGUGAACUCGGGGAAGAAUAUUCAAAGUCAAAGAAGAACGGUUGUGAAGAAGAAACAGGAGGAUCCCCCACUUUCUCACCCUUCUUAUUAUACCAAACCCUACUUAAUUAUCUUCUUCCCAACCCCUUGUUUGGUGUCAUAAUUUUUUUUUUUAAUUUUUUUUUCUGAAUAUUGAAGUGCCUGAUCUCCAAAAUUUGUGAUUCCGAAGUUUCUGUGCAUCUGAAUUUGGAUUAGGUGUUCCCUGUUUUCAAAAUUGUUUCGCUCAGCUGGCUUUGAUUUUGUUGGGAUAAUAAGAGGCGCAUUUUCAAGGAGGUGGAGAAGGAGGUAGGAGUCUCAGGUGAAGUGAUGAACUCGACUACUCCUUCAUCUAGCGCUGCAGGACCUGGAUCCUCCGAGACGACUGCUCCGAGGAGGAAUUCCAAGAGGCCAAAGUAUUCAAGAUUCACACAACAGGAGCUUCCUGCAUGCAAACCUAUACUUACUCCUAAAUGGGUGAUCUCAACUUUCUUGCUUGUUAGUGUUGUCUUCAUCCCCAUUGGAAUUGUCUCACUCUAUGCUUCUCGAGAUGUUGUUGAGAUUGUUGAUAGAUAUGAGACUGAUUGCAUUCCUCCAGAGUUUGCAAAAGAUAAGAUUGGGUUUAUUCAGAGCACUCAAGAUAAAGUCUGCAUUAGAAACCUUACGGUACCAAAACGCAUGAAAGCUCCAAUAUAUGUGUAUUACCAGCUCGACAAUUUCUAUCAAAAUCAUCGCAGAUAUGUGAAGAGCCGAAGUGAUCAGCAGCUAAGGAAAAAUGGAAGUGCAGCUGAUAUUGAUCCCUGCAAACCUGAGGGAACCACAAAGGACGGGUUGCCCAUUGUUCCUUGUGGUCUAAUAGCUUGGAGUCUCUUUAAUGAUACUUAUCAGUUUACACGCAAUAAUCAGCCGUUGAACAUCAACAAGCAUGGCAUCUCAUGGAAAAGUGAUAGGGAUCAUAAAUUUGGGAAGAAUGUAUUCCCCACAAACUUUCAAAAUGGUAGUCUGAGAGGUGGUGCUACACUUGAUCCAUCAAAACCAUUGAGCCAGCAGGAGGACCUCAUUGUGUGGAUGCGAACUGCUGCUCUUCCAACAUUUAGAAAGUUGUAUGGGAAAAUAGAAGUUGAUCUUCUACAAAAUGAAGUGAUCAAUGUGACAUUGGAGAACAAUUAUAAUACUUACAGUUUCAAUGGCAAGAAGAAACUGGUUCUUUCUACUGCCAGCUGGCUAGGAGGGAAGAACGACUUUGUAGGCAUUGCAUACCUCACAGUGGGUGGAUUGUGCUUCUUCUUGGCGAUAGUUUUCAUGCUUAUUUACCUGAUAAAACCAAGGCAACUUGGAGAUCCAUCUUACUUGUCCUGGAAUCGGAAUCCAGGCGGUCACUAAUGCUAGGUCACGAAGUGUUGUUUGUGUGAUUGCGAUCUUGACAUGUGCCGUAUUACAAGUGGACGCAAGCUUGUAUUUGUGUGUAUAAAUACCGACUACUCCACUGCCUUCUGGCCUACUUUGAAUCUGAAUGUGUAUUUGAUGCAAUGCAGCGGGAUGUACUUCUUGUAUAUUACCUUAACGCUAUUUACCAAUCGAACUAUGAAGCAUAUAUUUACCCCAAUUUUCGAUACUAACAGUUACUUUUUUCACUUGUAAUUUGGUGAAAUAUGGUAGCUAGUGAUUGGAUGGUUACUUGUUUGAAUCGUAUCGAUGUUUUCUUUUUUUUUU